CCCUGACUCACUGGCUCUGUUCAUGCCCCGUUAUAUAACACUUCACUGUGGCACUUUUUCAUUAAUUCACUCCCUUUCCUCCCUUGAUUUUAAGCGAGGCAGAGGGGUGAAAUAGAGAGAUGGUGAGAAAGUGACAGUGAAAGAGCGAGCCAUGGGGUGCAGUUGGUGGAGGGAUGGGAAGCGAGGAAAGGAGUGGGCAGCAUGAGCCGCCAUCAGCAAACAGUUGGCAUGGUAACCACUUUUUUCGUCAUGAAAGAUAACUCUCUCUGCGUCUCUCAACUCUCUCUCUCACAGACAACCUGGAUAGUAAAUUACUGAGGUUGGUAGCGGAAUACAUUGUGACUUCUGUUUUCCACAUUUUCAAUUUAAGCCUAGAAGACAGUGUGUGCCCUCAGACAUGGAGGGUGGCAAAGGUCAUUCCGCUACCCAAGAAUAGCACCAUUAAAUGCGUUAAACAGCCAACCAAUCAGCCUGUUACAUGUGCAAGCUUUUGGAAAAAAAUGUGUUUGAUCAAAUUUGACAGAGUACAAGUUAACAACAGACUUUCAGCAUGCUAAUAGGGAAGGGCACUCAACAUGCUCGGCACUGACACAAAUGACUGAUGAUUGGCUGAAAGAAAUUGAUAGUAAGAAGAUUGUGGGAGCUGUUCUGUUAGACUUCAGUGCAUCUUUUGAUGUAAUUGAUCAUAACCUAUUGCUGAAAAUACGUUGUGGAUUUGCAUCCUCUGCCUUAUUAUGGAUUGAGAGUUACAUAUCUAAUAGAACACAGAGGGUUUUAGUUAAUGGAAGCCUCAUGCAAAUUCAGUUGAGUGUGGUGUACCACAUGGCAGGCAGCUAGGGCCAUUAUUGUUUUCUGUUUUUACAAAUGACCUUCCACUGACCUUAAAUAAAGCCUGUGUGUCUAUGUAUGCUAACGACUCAACAGUAUACACGUCGGCUGCAACGUCAAAAUAAACGAGACAUUUAACAUAGCGCUCCAGUCAGUUUCAGAAUGGGUAACUAAAUAUCUAAAAACCGAAAGCAUAAUUUUUGGGACAAAUCAAUUGCUCAACACUAAACUUUGUUUAUAUUUAUUAUUGAAUAAUGUGGCUAUUAUGCACGUUUAGGAUACUAAACUGCUGGGUGUAACCCUAGAUAGCAAGCUGUCGUGGUCAAAGCAUAUAGACUCAAUGGUUGUGUGGCAAAGAAGGGGGUCGAGUGGUAAAUGGCAGAUAUGUGAGAGCAGAACUAAUAAACGGGCUCUGCCCGAUCACUAAAAUGGCCACCCCUGUCAGAACUACAGAUCACAAAAUGGCCGACCACCAAAACUACAAGUCCCAGAAGCAAGGGGACCCCUCAGAAGGUGGAGCCAACCCACAGAUAAAGGGUCAAGAAAAACCAGGAAGAGAAGAAGAGAGUGCUGGAAGGAUCUAUGAACAAUAGAGAAAGAGACAAUAGAGAUUGGCUGGAUUUACCGUGUAUGAGCUGGACUGUUUUUGGACUUACCUGUUGGCGUUUGGACCUGGACCUACCGAGAACCCGAUUCGUGUACCGAACCCUGCUAUCCUUGACCUCGCCUACGGCCUGGGUGGACCAGGACGGAGAAACAAACACACAGCCGUUUGCACAAUGGUGUAGUCUCCAGCCCAAAGAUUCUGCCAAGAUGCCAGAGAGCUCGUGGAAGCUGGUCUUCUACACCAUGUCCUGGUCAUACAGCACCUACCUGCUCUUCUUCACCAACUACACCUUCUUCCACGACCCACCCUCCGUAUUCUAUGAAUGGAAGCGUGGCAUGACAGUGCCCACGGACAUCGCCAUCGCCUACCUGAUCCAGGGCAGCUUCUACGGACACUCCAUCUAUGCCACGGUCUACAUGGAUGCCUGGAGGAAGGAUUCUACCGUCAUGGUGGUGCACCACGUCAUCACCCUGGCCCUCAUCACCUUCUCCUACGCUUUCAGAUUCCACAACAUUGGGUUGCUGGUGUUGUUCCUCCACGACAUCAAUGACAUCCAGCUGGAGUUCACCAAGCUCAAUGUAUACUUCAAGACCCGUGGAGGGGGCUACUACCUCAUCAACGACGUCCUGUCCAACAUGGGCUCUGUCAGCUUCAGCAUCACCUGGUUUUGGUUUCGUCUCUACUGGUUCCCUCUGAAGGUUCUGUACGCCACCUGUGUGUCCAGCCUCCAGUCCGUCCCAAACAUACCCUUCUACUUCUUCUUCAACUCACUACUCUUGACACUCCUCUGCAUGAAUAUCUACUGGUUUUUGUAUAUAGUGGCAUUUGUGGCGAAAGUCCUGACGGGGCAGAUGAAGGAUGUAAAAGACCUGAGGGAGUACGAGGGUGAGGAGGGAGCCCAGAGGGCCGCAACCCUGCUUAAGGCCCAGCAGCAGAGUAAAGAUGCAGGACAUCUCAACAAUUCUGCAGAAACUCAACUCAGCAACUCUACUGAAGGGAAGCACUUGCAGAACGGGAUCACCAAGGAGAAACAUCUAUAAUGGCCUCUCUAGCUCUAUCUCCUGGCACUUAACUCUGAAUGCAAGUAACCUACAUGUAGGUCUAAGUGAAUCGCAAAAAGGUAAAAAAAACAACAUCAAAUUAGAAAAGUGAUCAUUUUUCAUUCUGUUUUGUCAUUGUUUUAUUAUAUCACUGUGAAUGCUAUUUCAGGUGACCUUUGUCUUAUUAACAUUAAAUUUGAAGAAAAAGAAAGGUGUGAGUUAUGUGAAUGUCCUCUCGUGUAUUCUACAGGGGCAUUUAGCAGUUGUGUCAGCUCUAACAAACAUAAGACAAGGUUGAGCUAUUGAUUUUUAAACAUCUAGACCUAUAAAAAAAAUAACAUGCAUACGUUGGAGGACAGGGCUCUAUUCAGUCUGUCACUGAAGCGUUACAGAUUGCGAUAUAAAAAUGUAAAGGUCAUUUUUAAUUGAGCCUACAUGCAGAGUUUACCGUGAAUGCACUCUGCUAACGCGGAAACGUUGCCUUUAAAUUUAAUCACAAUGUAAUGAUGAACUUCCGCAAUACGGAUAGAUUAAGGCCCUAAAGCACUCACACAGUCACCAUGUCAAAGGUCCUCUCUAGUAUAGUAUCAGGUGUCAGGUAAGACCCAAGUGCAGACUUUGUAGAAGUAACAAUGUUUAGUGUAACGGGCAGGCAAACGACAGUUCAAGGCAGGCAGGGGUUGAUAAUCCAGAGUAGUGGGGCCAAGGUACAGGACGGCAGGCAGGCUCAGACAGAAGGUCUGUAAUCCAGAGUAGGGGCAAAGGUAUAGGACAGGAGGCAGGCAGACUGGUCAGGCAGUUAGGCUCGGGGUCAGGACAGUCAGGGGUCAAAACCAGGAGAGCGAGAAAAGAGAGACUGGAAACAGCAGGAGCUGAGCCCCAAACCACUGGUAGGCUUGCUCAAAUAAGACAAACUGGCAAAGACGGACAGAAAACACAAGUGUAAAUACCCAGGGGAUAAGUGGGAAAGAUGGGUGACGACAAGCACAAGGACAGGUGAAACAGAUCAGUGUGUGACAUGGAGAGAACUGGAUCUUCGUUUUUUAAAGAUCCUUCCUCUAAAAGCUUUUUUAAGUUUAUACCCCCUUCAGGAGUGAAGGCUAAAAUACUGAAGGGAACUAUUGCAUCAUGUCACCAUUGUGGGUGAGAGGUUGCAUGUAAGGGGCCGGUUUUGUUUUCCAAACAUGUAUUCAUUUUCUUAUCAUUGCACAGGUCGAUAGUGACCACAUAUACAUUUCCUCAGUCUGAACUGCAACAUUUGAAGAGCCACUUCGGUGUAGUAUUGAUGUCUUUUAAAUGUGAAUGACUUGUGAACCAAUUUUAUUUUUUAGAAUUAGAAAUAUUUCUUGCAUUCCUGUAUGGAAAAUGCAUUGUCACAUUUUCUGUUUUUUUUAGCUUCUGUUGUCGCACUGAAAUGAAGGCAUACAAGCCGAUAGCUGGUUAAUGACAGCUGAUGUAGCUGAACUUGAUUGACUGGGUUUAGUAUCAUCCUUAUGAUUUUGGUAAAGAUAUGGAUUUGAAUAAUAAUCAAUAUGGUGGUGGUUGUCAGGUUCACAGAAAAAUUUAAGCAAAUGGCCUUUACUUGUGUAAAAGAAGAUACAAAUCAAAUGGGAAAAACAUAUGCAGACAUGGUAUUCAGGAAUGCAUGCCAUUGCAAUGGUUUUGGAAUAUGCCAUGAAGCAAAAACCACAAAUUAAGAAAACUACAAACUAUGUAAUCUUAACCUUUAUCAAUGUGCAGAACUGACCUUAAAAAAGUUAAGUAAUUUGAGCUGACCGUCACACACUCCAAAUGGUUCUGUUCUUACAUUUGAAUGUGCCACUGGUUGUGUGUGCAUGUGUUCCGCAACUCUCCAGUUUUUCUCUUUGCUGUGCCUGUAACAUAAGGGGUGCUGUCCUUUUCGAUCAAAUUCAACCUCUUUUUGUUUUGAUGAACAGUAUGCUUGUGCUGGAACAGGCCACAUAUGUCGGCAGGUAGAAGUGUCCGUAGUUGUGGAUGUGUCUUCCAGGCCCAGCACUAGCUACCACUAGUGCCAGUGCCUGGGAUUACCUAGAUUUUGAUAUUACAUGCAAUUAUUAGAUUUUUUUCUGAAAACACUGUAAUCCAGUCGUGUCCCUUUUCCUGUGUAUGCGUCGGUUAAUGGUUUGUGCCCAGCCAUCUACCAUGGUACUGUCCCCAAAGGUGUGCACACUUUCCCUCCAUUUCUGUCCAGCUCUCUCCUGGUCUGUCUGUCCUCUCCACCACAGACAACCACCAACAACCAGAUUGGCUUUGUGAGGUGAAACUACUCACAGCAAAUUCCCUCUGUUCAAGAAACAGUAUACUCCCCUUUCCCCGCCAAAGAAAAUACAUUUGUGUCAGAAAGACUAAGGUUAUAGAGUAGUAAUCACUUGUGUAAGUUUUAUUUUGAGGCAGAUCUGGCAGUUUUGUGACAAGCAUUAAAUAUAUAGAAGCCCAUCCACAGUUCAGAAUGAAAAUGUGGAAGAAUAAUGAUUCUAUGCGUUGCAUUAAUGCUUUAAGAAUGUGCCAAAAAUGUUGAUCUUUAUCACAAAGUGUUCUGAUGAGAGGCCUAGCCUGGACCUGGAUGGCUAGAAAGAGCUGUUAUAAUGAAUAUGAAGAGGGUAUGCCUCACAGGUGUUUUUUAUCAUCAGAAAAUAGGAAUGCAGGUAGAUUUGGGAUUUUUUUUACACAUUUCUGGACGUUAAGAAUCAAAUGAGGUAUUGAAGUGAAAUAGUUAAUUGGUUUUAGGUAAAUAUUUCUUUGACCACUGACACACUAAGGUCUCUACCAUCAGCCCCAAGUUUCAAUUUGACCACUUUGGUAUGACAGGUACUGACUUGUAAUAAAACAUUGUUAAUUCCAUUCAACCAGUGUUAUUGUAUCAUGUUUCCACAUAAAAUAAAAUGUGUUCAUUUGAAA